UUACUGAUUGAUAGUUUGAUACCCCAACCCCACUCCUUUGUCCUGCACAUACCUUCUUUCCUCUAUCCUACGCACCCCCUUUUCUCUUCUUUCCCCUACUGAAACUCAAAAUUCAGAUCGAAGCCUUUAAACAGACUCAACUUCAAAAGAAAAAGAUUGAUAUAUUUGGGAAGCCAUGACAAGUAGGGUCACUUGGAGCAGAGAAGAGGAGAAGUCAUUCGAAAACGCCAUUGCAAUGUUCUGGGUUGAGGAGAACUUGGAGGAGCAAAGAUGGGACAAGAUUGCUUCAAUGGUUCCUACCAAGAGUCUUGAAGAAUUGAAGCAACAUUAUCACAUGCUGGUAGAGGAUGUUAGUGCAAUAGAGGCUGGUAGAGUGCCACUACCUAGUUAUGCAGGAGAAAAUGCAAUACCUUCUGCCAGGGAUUUUCACGGCUUUUCCAGUGCUGCUGCUUCAGAUAAGAGAUCGAGUAGUGGUUUCGGCAAUGGGUUCUGUGUGUCCAGCCAUGACUCUGGUGGUCAUGCAGGGAAAGGAGGUACGAGGUCAGACCAGGAGAGGAGGAAAGGGAUUCCCUGGACAGAAGAGGAGCACAGGUUAUUUCUUCUUGGUUUAGACAAGUUCGGGAAAGGAGAUUGGAGGAGCAUUUCCAGAAACUUUGUAAUAUCAAGAACGCCUACCCAAGUGGCUAGCCAUGCUCAAAAGUACUUCAUCCGCUUGAACUCAAUGAACAGGGACAGGAGAAGGUCUAGUAUCCACGACAUUACUAGCGUGAACAACGGGGAUGCAUCUUCUCCCCACGCUCCAAUUACUGGCCAACAGCCCAACACAAACCCAUCAGGUACAGCUGCAAUGGGACAACCAGCAAAACACAGGGCUCAGACACAUUUGCAAGGUUUAGGCAUGUACGGAGCACCUCUUGGGCGACCAGUUGCAUCUCCAGGUCACAUGGCAUCGGCUGUGGGAACUCCUGUCAUGCUUCCUCCAGGACACCAUCCCCCUCCAUAUAUGGUCCCUGUUGCUUAUCCAAUGGCACCACCAACAAUUCACCAAUAGAUGCUCCCAUGAAUUGAAGACCUGUCUCCAGAAACCUCGGAAGAACAUCAUGCUGAUUGCGAAAAGAACUCUCCUAACUUUGUCAAUUUUGAUCAUAAUAAAGGUAAGAGCAUAAUAAAGAACAACUUUUCGAUUCAGUCGUAAGCUAUGCAUGCGAACGUGAGAGCAUUUAUGUAAUUAACUUUUUCAUCUGUA